AUGCGCGGCAGCCUACAAACCAGAGAACAUCUACCCUCUAGCGGCGCCACGGCCCCCGAUGAAUUUGAGUUUGACACCCCUGAUCUACAGUAUCUACUGUAGUAUAAGAAUAAAGUGCGGAUUGCUCUCCACUUACAGCCCACUUUUUGAGGGCGAUAUCUGAUGCUGAACAGGCCUCCUCUAUUUUCUUAGUUCACAUGGGCCUCUUACUUUCCACUAGAGAACAGCAGCAGCCUGAAUUAGCCAUUUGUAUUUUGGACUCCAACUUCCUGGCCAGCAUGGUCAAUUGUUAGACAUGAUGGAAGUUGUAGUCAAGCAAUAUCUUGAGGGCCAAAGGUUGCUAUAGGUUGAUGUUUUAUUAUGUUAGUUGGCCAGUCAUUUUCUGCAUAUGGGGUGCUUCUUAUCUGUGUCUUUUAUAGGUUGUGCAUAAGAGCGAUGCUGACCAGGUUACAGUUAUUGAAGCAUGUGCUACAGUCCAUGAAGCCCUUGCAGCUGCUGCUGAGCUGGCCAAACAAGGUAAUGGAAUGCUGGGUUCUUUCCGCCCCCCCCUUGUGGAAUUCUCUGAUCUUUUGCUUCCUCUUAAGCAUCUAUAUCCCUUUAUAAUCAAACACUUGGAUGCUGCCACCAUAACCUCCGAUGCCAUAGCCAUCAGAGGCCAAAUCACCACUGCUGAGGAUCACUAGAGAAUAAGCAACUUGCUCAUCAUGUUUGCUUCAAAAUGACUGGGGAAUGAAGGUUGUGACUGUGGAACCAUGGCACAGGAUGCUUGUGAAGAGAAACUAUUCACGACAAUGGUUCAUCUUGCUUUUUUGAUAAUAAUAAUAAUAAAUUUUAUUUAUAUCCCGCCCUCCCCAGCCAAAGCCGGGCUCAGGGCAGCUAACAACAAUCAAAUAAUCAAACAAUCAAAUAAUCCAACAUUCUAAAACAUUUCAUUAUAAAAAUUAAUUAAAAUCAAAUUAAUGGCAACCGUUAAGCAAAGUUCUGUGCAGGUUGCCAGAGGAGGGAGUCAGGCUGGGCCCUGACCAAAGGCCUGGUGGAACAACUCUGUCUUGCAGGCCUUGCGGAAAGAUGUCAGGUCCCGCAGGGCCCUAGUCUCUUGUGACAGAGCGUUCCACCAGAUUGGAGCCGCAGCCGAGAAAGCCCUGGCUCUAGUUGAGGCCAGCCUAACCUCUCUGAGGCCUGGGACCUUCAGGAUGUUUUUAUUUGCAGACAGUAGGUUCCUCUGUGGGGCAUACCAGGAGAGGCGGUCCCGUAGGUACGAGGGUCCUAGGCCGUAUAGGGCUUUAAAGGUUAAAACCAGCACAUGACAUGUUGUGUCUGCAAUUGCCAGUUGUACAAGUGUGGCUAUAUGUUAGCACUGGAAUAUCACCACUCUUACAAGUGCCCUGCAAUUAAAAAAAAAAAAGUGGAAGGCCCUCCCAAAGGAGGUGAAUCAGUCUCCUUCACUGUGAACUUUUAGGAUAUAUUUAAAAUGAUUCCUGUUUACUUGGCCAAUUGAUGGCUGAAAAUUCUGACCCUAGCAACUCUGUUAUGAUUAGUUUGAGUGUAGGUAAUUGCUUUUAGGAAUUUUAAACUGUUUUAGAAGGUUGUUUUAAACUGUUUUUUUAGUUGUGCACCAUGGACUCUCUUGGUGGAUGGCUGUGUGCCUUCCCCUGUGCUAGGACCUUAAUAAGAAUCUGCCAGAUCUAUCAGCAAAACUUGGGUUGUAGGGAUUUCCCAUCAACAGGCUGGGUGGCAGCAAUCCCCACUGAUUGAUGCUAGCCUGCCCCCAUCCUUCUGCCUUGAUCUCAGGAGCUUUAUGUUUUGCAGGCAGGGUGGUUAAGUACUUGCACAAGCUUGGGCUUAUUACCAUCUGAGUAUUCCUCCUUGGGUUUGGCUAGGUCCCUGGUUAUUGAGGAGACAGUACCACCACCACAAAGUUUGCUCUCUGUGCCCACUUGUAUCUACCUGAUAUCCAUCUCCAAGAGUUUCCCCAAACAAUUUAUUGACAGCACAGGUUUGUCUUCUACUUGUGGGGAGAACACUGCUGCUGCUACACUAAUAAUAAUAAUAAUAAUAAUAAUAAUAAUAAUAAUAAUAAUAAUUUAUACCCCGCCCUCCCCAGCCAAGACCAGGCUCAGGGUGGCUAACACCAAAUAUAAAAACAAUUGGUUGAAAUACAGCUUAAAAAACAAGAUUAAAAUACAACAUUAAAACUUUAAGAUGCAGCCUCAUUUCAGUGGAAACUCAAAUCAAAAACGUUUUGGGGAUGAAAACGUCAAGUCUUCACCAAGGCUAACUAUCCAGACAGGUCCUAUGUGGGCCAGAAAAAAGCCAGGGAAGUCCCCAAAUACGAGUUCCAACACAGAAGGAGAAAGGAAAAAAGAAAGAAAGAGGGGGAGGGAAUCAAACUGAUUCCAAGCCAAAAGCCAGGUGGAAUAACUCUGUAUUACAGGCCCUGCGGAAAGAAAUCAGAUCCUGCAGGGGCCUGGUCUCAUGAGACAGAGUGUUCCACCAGGCCAGAGCCAGUGUUGAAAAGGCCCUGGCUCUGGUUGAAGCUAAUCUGACUUCCUUAGUGCCCGGGACCUCUAGGAUGUUGCUAUUUAAGGUCCUCCGUGGGGCAUAUCAGGAGAGGCGGUCCCAUAAAUAUGAGGGCCCUAAGCCACAAAGGGCUUUAAAGGUCAAAAACAGCACCUUAAAUCUGACCCUGUACUCCACCGGGAGCCAGUGCAGCUGGAAAAACACUGGGUGAAUAUGCUCCCAUGGCAGAGACCCCAUGAGGAGCCUCACUGCAGCAUUCUGCACCCGCUGGAGUUUCUGGGACAGCUUCAAGGGCAGCCCCGCGUAGAGUGAAUUACAGUAGUCAAGCCUGGAGGUGACCGUCGCAUGGAUCACUGUGGCCAGAUCAGGGCGGGAAAGGUAACGGACCAACUGCUUGAUGCGGCGAAGGUGGAAAAAUGUUGCCUUGGCUGUUGCUGUAACCUGCACCUCCAUGGAAAGGGAGGUGUCAAGGAUUACACCUAAACUCUUAACGGAAGGCAAUGACACAAGAGAAGGGAGUUGGUCCCUCAUCCCUAUGCCAUCCCGACCCAGCCAGAGGACCUCUGGCUUCGAAGGAUUUAGUUUCAAUCGGCUCCCACGAAACCAUCCAGCCACAGCUUCCAAGCAUCUGGUCAGUGUGUCCGGGGCCGAGUCGUGUGACCAUCCAUCAGCAGAUAGAGCUGAGUGUCAUCAGCAUAUUGGUGACAACCCAGCCCAAAGCUCCAGACAAUCUGGGCAAGGGGGCACAUAAAGAUGUUAAAAAGCAUCGGGGAGAGGAUUGCGCCCUGUGGCACUCCACACACCAAGGAGUGGUGCAAUGACAUCUCCCUCCCUAGCACCACCCUCUGUCCCCGACCAGAGAUAAAGGAGCACAGCUAUUUUCAGGCUAUGCCCUGUAUUCCCACGUCGGUGAGGCGGUGGUCCAGAAGAUCAUGAUCGACGAUGUCAAAGGCUGCUGACAAAUCUAAGAGAAUCAGCAGUCCCGACCCGCCUCGAUCCAGUUGUCUACAGAUAUCAUCUGUUAGGGCGACCAGAGCCGUCUCAGUCCCGAAACCAGGAUGGAACCCAGACUGAAAUGGAUCUGAAAUGUUAUAUGAUUGACAGCUUUGCAGUAGCCUGUUUGUGAACAUCUAACCUUCCUCUUUCCCACCUCCCUCUUCCCACCCUAAAUAGCCUCCUGUCAAUUGAAAAGAGAGGGUUUUUUAUAGAAAGUUUGGUAGAGCUCUGUCAACACUUUGUCACUUUGAGCUCAGGAAGACCAGAACUGAGCAGAGGCACACUCCCGCACUGGAAGGUUAUCCCAAGGCUAACUUGCAUAGCCCUGCUCACUGGAGCAAGUAGGAAGAAAAAGUCAUUGUAAAAGUCCUCUUCCACUGUAAGGGGGAAAGUGUACUUUGGGAACACACAACGAAUGAUAUACAGAUUACCGUAAAUCUGGCCCAGUUGGCUUGCCAGUCAUAUCUGCAUGUAUAAACAACUUUGUAGAAUCAUAGGCUUGGAAGGGACCAUGAGGGUCAUCUAGUCCAUCCCUCUCUGCAAUGCAUGAAUCUUUUGCUCAAUGUGGGGCUCAAAACCACGACCCUGAGUUAAGAGUCUCAUGCUCUACUGACUGAGCUAUCCCAGGAUAGUUCCUCAUAACUUGAUUAUGUCUCCUUUCUUAAGCCAAAUAGGGGUGCACUGGGUUAAGAAUCAGUGACCAUGUUUUCUGUGUUUGUAGGCUCCUUCGCCCAGGAAAAGUGGCAUAGAUAAAUCUAGUCGUUAA